UAUUUAUUAAAUUUAGUUACAAUUUUAUUAUUAUUGUUAACACAAUUAAGUUUAUCUCAUGAAUCCAUUGAUAAAUACUCCGUUGAAUCGCCAGUUAUUAAUAGUUAUGAAGAUUUGAAUAUAAUUAGUGCCAAAAAUAUUCAAAAUACUGGCCAAUCACUGCCAAAAGUUCCAUUAAAAAAGAUACACAUCGGAGGUCUGUUCCCGAUGAAUGGCACUACGGGUUGGGUAGGAGGUCAGGGAUGUCUUCCCGCCGCGCAAAUGGCUCUCCAAGACGUUAAUAGAGAUCCCAAUCUAUUAAUUGGUUAUGAGUUAGACUUGAAAUGGAAUAAUAGCGAGUGUGAUCCAGGUCUGGCGGCCACUAUAUUAUACGACCUUAUAUACCGACCCCCAAAAAAGACAAUAAUAUUAGGGGGCUGUUCGAUAGUGUGCUCCGGUAUUGCAGAGACAGCCAAGAUGUAUAAUUUAAUAGUUGUUGGCUAUGGCUCGUCAUCACCAGCUCUAUCCAAUCGCCACCGAUUCCCCACAUUCUUCCGGACGCACCCGUCGGCCACAAUCCACAACCCGACUCGAGUCAAACUAUUCAAGAAGUUUCGGUGGUCUCGUAUUUCCAUUAUAUUAGAGGCCGAGGAGGUGUUCGUUACGACUGGUAAAGACUUGGAGACGCGGUGUAAAGAGGCAGACAUCGAGAUCCUGACUCGAGUGUCAUUCCUGGACGACCCGACAGAAGCGGUGAAGAGUCUGUCCCGACAGGGCGCCCGUAUCAUAAUCGGCAUGUUUUACAGCGCCAACGCCCGCAAAGUAAUGUGUGAGGCGUACAAAGCGGGUCUGUAUGGCAAACAAUACGUAUGGUUCCUGAUUGGCUGGUAUGAGGCCAAUUGGUUUCAUCCGGCGCCCGGCAUUAACUGCACUAUGGAUGAGAUGCUCAAAGUGGUUGAGUAUCACUUCACCACCGAAGCACUUAUGCUUAAUCAGGGCUAUCAACACACUAUUGCAGGUAUGACAGCCCAGGAUUGGCUCAACAGAUAUGAGAGUGAAUUAACACAUUACCGGCAAUACUUCCCAAUGGGUUCCAACAAACCCCAGGAAGGCUAUCAAGAGGCACCCCUGGCCUAUGAUGCCAUUUGGGCCAUUGCUUUGGCACUCAAUAAGACAAUGGAAAUCCUAUCGCAGAGAGGGCUUACAUUAGACUCAUUUGAUUACGAGUCGCCAGAGAUUACAAAUAUAAUCAAAAGUGAGUUACAAAAAGUACAGUUUCUCGGAGUUUCCGGUUAUGUGGCCUUCAAUGACAUCGGAGACCGAAUCUCAUGGACUUUGAUCGAGCAGAUGAUUGCCGGCAAAUACGAACAGUUGGGCUUUUAUGACACCAUAACCGACAACCUAACCUGGAAUGACAGGGAAAAGUGGGUCAUUCCCGGCAGACCACCAAAGGACAGGACAGAAGUGGUCCGUUCCCUACAGACUGUUAAUAACGCGCUCUUCAUAUCGUUGAGUGGCAUCAGUGCUAUCGGUGUUCUUAUGGCUGUUUCGCUCAUUUGCUUCAAUCAUAAAUUCAAUACUUGUCGUUAUAUCCAAAUGUCAAACCCGGCGUCAAAUAACCUGAUGCUUAUCGGAUGUGUUCUCUGUUUCAUAUCUGUUGUUCUGUUCGGUUUGGACGGACAGGACGUCGGAGGUCUUCAUAAUUUUAUAAUUGUUUGUAAUGCGCGUGCAUUUUGUCUUUCAAUCGGGUUCUCCCUGUUCUUCGGCGCCAUGUUUGCUAAGAUAUGGUACUGUCAUCUCCUCCACACACAAAGCAAAAGAAAAAAAAUAAAUAAUAAUCACAUUUAUAUAAUGAUAUUAACAUUUUGCUCAAUCGACUUAAUAAUACUAAGCAUUUGGUACUUCAAAGAUCCCAUUAAACUGAACGUCAAAACAUUUCCACUUUUAAACCCCGAUAUUAAUAUCGAUGAAGACAUAAAAAUCCAGCCGUGUAUAGAGCACUGUGAGGCCAACUUCAUAUGGUAUGGUAUCUUAUUUGGUUACAAAGGGCUUCUUCUACUCUUCGGACUAUUCCUGUCAUAUGAGACCCGAAGUGUAAAACUUAAACAACUCAAUGACUCCCGACUCGUGGGAAUGAGUAUCUAUAAUGUUGUCAUCUUAUGCCUCAUAACAGGGCCGGUAUCUCAAGUGAUUGAGGAUCAAGUGAACGCACACUUUGCGUUCAUAGCGUUAGCAAUAAUAUUCUGCUGUUUUUUGACAAUGGCUUUGGUUUUUGUUCCUAAAAUCGUUGAAUUGGUUCGCCGACGGAAUGGUCCUAAUAGUGGACUGAAUGGCAGCGGAAUUAACGGCACAUUUCACGAGACAAUGACCAGUCGUGAAGAAGAGGAGCGCUUUAAUAGAAUAACACUCGAGAACCAGGAGUUAAAGGAGAAGAUAUUUGAGAAGGAGAGACAGAUCGAGGAGAUUAAGAGUAAAAUAGAGCUGAUGGCCAAAGAGCAACAGGAGCUGAGGAAGAGUGAGGAAAGCAAACAGCAAUGCGUGAAACGGAAAGCCGUCAGAAUCCAAGAGCCGGACGCACAGGAAGAUGAGGUUAUCGAGCAGUUGAAUACUCUGAAUGUGGAUCCCGUCAGCGAUUCCGGGUUUGUCUCCAACCGCAACAGUCGGCCCUCGGAUUUCGAGUUUAUAUUGAGUGAAUACGAGAGCGAA